AUGAUGAAUUUCUCUGCUUUCGCCCCCCUCUCAUUCCUUCUGGGCCAGUUCUCCGCCGUCACCCCCGCCGGACAGAUGCCCAUCUUGAACACCGAUGGCUUCUCGAGCUGGAUCAUCGGAAACUCCACUGGGGGCGAUUCAACUUGCGUCUCUGGUAACAUCUUGGUGCCCAUCAACGCGACCGGUACCAACAUCCUCUACACGGCGCCUCAGAACCAGGCGCGCGUGACAGAGUCAUUCGUCGAGUUGAACCAGGUUGACUCGACCUUCGCCAUGGACGCAGUUUCUGGCGGCCCCAGUGUCAUAUCAGGCUCCUACAGCAUCUUCUGCAAGCUCUGCCUGCCUAGCGAUCCCGCAAAGGCGGGCAGGGUGAAGACGGUUCAGCUGUUGACGCACGGCGCGACUCUGGACCACACCUACUGGGACAUUGCGCCGGGCUAUAGCUACGUCGACGUCGCGGCGGCAGCAGGUUACGCGACGCUUUCCUACGACCAGCUGGGCGUGGGGAACUCGGACCAUCCGGACCCCAUCCAGGUCGUGCAGGCAGCAUCGCAGGUGGCCGUGACGCAUAGGCUGGUCGAGCUGCUUCGUGGCGCGAAACUGGGCGGGUUCGACUUCGACAGGGUCGUUGGUGUCGGACACAGUGCAGGGAGCACACUGACCCAGGCCAUCACCACGAGAUACCCCCAGGAUUUCGAUGCCGUGAUCCUCUCCGGGACCAGCACCAGCGCGGCAUCCGUUGCACUCUCCAUGGCGGCCUUCAAUUUCAUCAACGCAAACACGGAUCCGUCCCCCAAACUCAGGAACCUGCCCGCCGGAUACCUGACGCAGCAGUCGGCAGUCGGCAUACAGUUCGCCUUCUACCGGUACCCCAACUUUGACCAGAACGCGUUUGAGAGGCAGGUCGCGGACAAGCAGACGAACACGCUGGGCAUCCUGCUCACGCUGGGCGGCACCAUCGCCCCGUCGGCGCAGUUCGCCGGGCCGGUCGACGUUGUCAAUGGGGAGAACGAUCUUGUCUUCUGUGGUGGAAACUGUCUCUACCCCACGGAUCAAAACGCGGCCGUUCUGGCCGUUUUCUACCCGGCGGCGUCAAGUGGAUGCCGGACGUACAUUGCCGCGGGUGCCGGGCAUUCUAUCGCGGCCCACAAGAGCGGACCGGACAGCUUUGCGCACAUGGUUGGCUUCUUGCAAGCAAAUGGUCUGUGA